AUGCCUUCGUCAAUCGGUGAUUAUCCUUCUGUGCAGUCGUAUGCGACUCCGCGGAAGAGUAAGCAUCACAUUGGAGAGUUUGAUUACUCAUCGCAGCCUCUAAAAGUUGCGCUUCAAAAGGUGACUGUGGACAUCAACCUAGCCACGCAAACAAUUGAUGGAGAGACCGAGAUAACGGUGUUGCCAUUGAGUCCUGGACUCAGGGUGAUAAAACUGGACUGCAGGGCAAUCCAGAUAAGGGAAGUCUUUGUGAACAAUAAGAGGUGUCAGUACAUGCUGAAUGACUUCCUGCAAAACGACGAGUAUCAGAACGAUUUGGAAAACGAAACUUUGAGGAACAACUACAAGUUCAACGAACGUUAUGAUGUGGCCUCCGAGACCAUUUCCAUUGAACAGCACCAUUUAUACAGAGGAAAGUUUCAUCCACUGUUUUCAGACAACAAUGACCCGGAUUCCGCAUCCACGGUAUCCAUAGAGGAGACUGAGAAUCUAACAAUUGUUCUUCCAGAGAAUCUGAAACUCAGGCUACACGAUCCGAAUGCUCUGUCGACAAUAUCUCCAGCUACUGGAAAGUCAACGCAUAACACUCCGAUUACAGCCAAUUCCCUGGCUGGAGCAGAGAGGGUGUACACACCCUUGACCUUGAAAAUCGUUUAUCAGGUCAAAAGCCCGAAGGAAGGUGUUCUCUUUCACGGUGGCCUGCACACCAAUAUACCGAAAGAGAAAUGGUGCUGCUACACGUCGAAUAGCGAUCUUGGAUGCAGUGCAAGCUCUUGGGUUCCCUGCAUUGAUAAUUUUCAAGAAAGACCUGCAUGGGAAGUGAGCAUAUCUGUUCCCAAAACCAUUCGUGACAUCGGAGAGACUAAGAUCAUUGGUACCAAAGAGGCUGAGUUGGCCAUGAGGAAACGUAAUCUCAUGGAAAAUGACGACGACGAUGCUGAAAACGAUGAUGCCCAGGAGACUGAAGACCAGGCUCAGCUGGAUGAUAGUGCUUACCUAGACAGAGAAUUUGUCGUGGUAUGUCCCGAUAGUGUCAGUAUGAAGGAGUUUCCUCAUCAGAUUGAUAUGGGCAAAAAGAUCAUUGGUUUUCAAUUUCACAACCCGUCUGCUGCCCACCACAUUGGUUUUGCAGUCGGGGCGUUCGAAAGCAUGCCCAUAUUGAAGUUGGGCGAGGACGAUAUCUUUUCAGCACCAGCCACUGCAGAUGAUGGAUCUGCUGGGGAACCUGGGACAUCCCAAAUGCCCUUGAAUGUAUAUUAUAUGCCUGGAAGAAAGGCGGAGGUCUUGAACACAUGCCUGUUUCUUCCCAAAGCACUGGACUUCUACUCCAAUGAGUUUGGAUCGUUUCCAUUCAACAGCUAUUCGCUGGUGUUUAUUGAUGAUCUACCAGCAACGGUUUGUGGAUUCGCUGGUUUGACUAUUGCCAACACCGACCUCCUUUACGGACCUAAUUUGAUUGAGCCAAUGUUUGAAGCAACAGAAACGCUUGCCGUUGCUCUUUCUCAGCAAUAUUCAGGUAUCAAUGUUUUGCCCUACUCUUUGAACGAUGUCUGGUGCACCAUUGGAAUAUCCCGCUACAUGGCUGGACAAUAUUUGAGACGAUUGUAUGGCUGGAACCAUUUUAAGUUCCAGACCAAGAAACGCUCCGAUCUGGUGUGUGAUCUAGAUAUAGGAAAACGUCCACUAGCCAACCAGCUAUACCGAUUUCCUGUCAAUGAGGCCCAUGAUUUCGAUUUCAUCAACCUGAAAGCCCCAUUGGUGCUUUUCAUUUUGGAUAGACGUAUGACCAAGACUGAUAAGUCGUUCGGUCUGUCUCGUGUUAUUCCCAAGGUCUUCCUUCAGGCUAUGUCGGGGGAUUUGAUCAGCGGUAACUGCUUGUCAACAGCCCAUUUUCAACAUGUUUGUGAAAAGGUGGCGCACAACAGACUGGAGAGUUUUUUCCAGAACUGGGUUCACAAUUCAGGAACUCCUGUUUUCAAGGUCACGCAACGAUUCAACAAAAAGAGGAUGUUCAUAGAGAUGGGAAUCAGACAGGUACCCUCUCGCGACGACAUCAGUAACCAUGAUGGCGAUUUCGGUUUGCGUGAUAGGUCAUCGAUGGCCUCAGCAAGCAGCAAACAGCAGCAUCGGGUUUCCAACUUCCUAAAUGAUGCCUCGGAAGUGUUGUCUGGUGAAGAGUCUCAGCAGAAUUCUCAUGUGUUCACCGGUCCCAUGACUAUUCGUAUCCACGAGGCAGACGGUACUCCCUACGAACACAUCGUGGACAUCAAGGAACCAUUCACGAAGUUCGAUAUACAGUACAACACCAAGUACAAGCGUUUGAAGAGACCAUCGAAGAAAGACGAGGAAGGAGUGGCUACAGCCGUGAAAGACGAUGAUUUGAAAUCCGUCAGAAUGUUGGGUGACAUUCUUUCGUCACAAAAGGAGAUGGCAGAAUGGGGAUUGCAAGGCUUCACCGAGGAAGAAAUGGAAGCGAGAUCUGGUGAGGCUUUUGAAUGGAUUAGAGCUGAUGCUGAUUUCGAGUGGCUUUGCCGGAUCUACGUGAACCAGCCUGAUUACAUGUACCAAUCGCAAUUGAACCAAGACAGAGACGUUGAAGCUCAACUGGAUAGUGUGAGGUUUUUCAGCAAUGCGCUAAAACCAUCUUCCUUCUACUUUACGGCUCUACUUCGCACAUUGCUCGACUCUAGGUAUUACUUUGGCGUCAGAAUUGAGGCUGCAUUCGGUUUGGCCAAGUUGUCCAACCAGGAGAACGGAUUUAAAGGGCUGAAAUAUCUUCUGGUGGUGUUCAAAACUCUCUUCUGUUAUGAUACAAAGGUUAGUGCCAAGGAUGCCCUUGACCAGAUUGCUCUUGGUCUCCUGCCACUUCCGAACGACUUCUCCAACUUUGAGGAUUUGUUCGUAAGGGAGGCGAUACCUGAGGCUCUGGCCACCGUUCGCGGUAAUGAAGGAGAAAUACCGCUUGCUGUGAGUCGAGCUUUGGUUAAUGUCUUGAAAUUCAACGAUAAUUCUGCAAAUGACUUUGCGGACUGUUUCUACACUUCCACCUUGGUUUCAUGCCUUUCGAGUGUUAUCUUGAACUCAAAGUUGGAAACAGAUGAGACUGAAAACUCUCCCCUCAAGAAAGUUCUAUCUGAGGCGUUAUUCGAGAUUGACAGACUUUUCAAGCUGGAUGAAUGGGUUCCUUCUUACCACAACACCGUGAGAACCACGGUUCUGUCUGCAAAGCUGAAUAUGGCCAGAAAGGGUAUCAUUAACCUUCCUUUUGACUUGUGUUUGAACUACUCAAAAUCUGAGAGCAGCAGGGAGACGAGACUAGUUGCCAUUGAGUCCAUCCUGACACUGGGUGGUCUCAGAAACGCUGCUUUGUUGAAGUACAUCUUCUCGGUGAUGAAAUUCGACACAUCACACUCAUUCAGGGACGCGGGAGUAGGCGUGUUCAUCAAAAGUCUUGCAAUCGCCGCAUUGGAAGGUGUGCCUUACAGCGUUGACGAUGAGGAGUUCUAUGAGGACGCCGAAGAGUCAGGCCAUACGAACUUGAUUGGUGGAGCGGAUGACGUGAUCGUUGUAGAGGAUGCUAUAAAUCCUCUCAAGAGCCGCAGAGGUGUCAGCACACAUUCUCUGGUCAUUCGAGCAAUCAAUACACUUCGCCGUGAUUUGUCAAUAGGAAAGGGUCUUCGACACGAAUUAUGGACAAGUCUACACUCGUGUUUCUUCUCUGUGCAUUCUAAGAGAGAGCUUUUUGACAUUAUUGAUGUGCUCUAUCAGGCUUACGACAAGUUUUCAGUUACCGUUGACAGACCUAUGCAAAAGAAGCUUGCCGUUGUAUACGACAAGCUGGUGGUCAAGGACCCUGCUCAACCACCAACAUCGUUCUUUGUCUCUUUGAAACUGCAAGGAAGGUUGAAGGUUCAACUUGCGACCACAUUGAAGCGCGCUCCAGUUGCAGCAGAGCCAGUCAGACCAAUCAUCAAACUCAAAACGAGAGAUGGUAUCCCAAAGGUGAAACUCGAAUUGAAACAUACUACUGACUCGCCUUCUGGACAAGUCCCUCCAGCUACGAAGACCACUCCGAAGGUACCAAGUGUCAAGCUGAAGGCUCCUACAGUCAAAUCUGUUUCGGAAGUUAGGCCCAAAUUUGAGGUCAAAUUCAAGUAUUCUUCUGGUGUUAUUUCUUCGUCUAAUGCUGCAACACCAAAGACCAAACGCACGGUUGACUUCGAGAUCCUAAGGUCUACUCCAGAUACUCCACUGAGGUACGUCAAAUACAUGUUGAACCAGCAUAAAGUGGUUCUUUCUUCUGAUGAGUUUAGAUCAGAUACCACCAUGAAGGUUCCCGUGACUCUGAAAAUUCAUCCCGCCAUUUUGAGGGCCGAAGAGUACAGAGUAAGAUCUAUGGCUAGUCUGGAGGAAACGCCCUCUGUGAAGCGCAGAUCGUCCGACCAAGCUGGAAAGCCCCCAAUGAAGAAGCAAAAGCCAGAAGAAUCCGAGAACGAACCUUCUGUGCCCAAAAUCAGGCUCAAACUAAAAUUCUGA